AUGUUCAGAGACAGAACCAAUUUAUUCAUAUCGUACCGCAGGACGGCGCCACGAAAUAAUAACUUCUCCAACAAUGCUACCACAACGCUAUCUACUCUCUCCGAGGAAGAACAGGGCCUAAUGGGCUCGAGAAGAAUCGCGCCAGGUACCAAACGUACUAGCACUGGAGUGGAUCGUACCUCAAACGGUACCAAUGAAUACCAUGACUCUAUUGAAAUGAAGGUUCUUCCGCCCUCAUUCUUCGAUAUAGCUCUGGAGAUAGACGAUCACCUCAAGUCUAUAACAGGAAAGAUUGGUCAAUUGAAUGCGCUCUACAAGAAGAAUUUACUUCCUGGGUUUAACGACCGAACUUCAGACGAAGAGGAAAUUGAGCAAUUGAAUUACUCCAUUACAAAGACGUUCCAAAGUUGCUAUGUGCUAAUCAAGAAGUUUGAAUUCUUACAGAAGAAUUCCCGUAAGCUAAACUACUCAGAUAACGAGGUAAUGAUGAUUGAGAAUUUAAAAAAAAACUACGCCCUACGCAUUCAAAACUUGUCUUCUAAUUUCCGGAAAUUGCAGAAUAACUAUAUCAAAUUCUUAAAAGAGGAUGAUUUUGAAGAAAAUACGGCUCCUUUAUUGAAGAGGACCAAUGUAAAUACUUCUUCUACCACUAACUCUUCCGUGACAGAACUUACGGUGGAAAGUGGUGAUAUUGAAGAUUACUCUCGCCAAGCCCUACAGCAGUCUCAGCUUACAGCACACCUGACCAAUGAGCAAUAUAUAUUACAACGUGAGCAAGAAAUAUCUAAGCUUGCCAUGGGUGUGCUAGAGGUUUCCUCAAUCUUCCGCGAAAUGGAAUCGAUGAUUAUAGACCAGGGUACUAUACUUGACAGAAUUGAUUAUAACUUGACAUCCACGGUAGCGGAUUUGAAAGAGGCAGACAAGGAAUUAAUUCAAGGUAGCAAGUACCAGAAGAGAACGCAAAAGUGUAAAAUCAUCUUCUUGCUCAGUUUAAUUGUAUUUGCGUUGUUGAUAAUAGUAUUAAUGAGACCCCACAGCACGACGAAAGUUAUAGAAAAGCCAGCGGACAAACCAGCGGAAAAGCCAGACAGCCGACCCCUGCCCGAGGAAGGCUCUGGUUUGAGAAAGAGAGGGCAAAUACUGGAUGGUUCGGGUGACUUCUUCAAGCAUUUUGUGCCCUACUUUUAG